AUGGGAAGGGGAGGUAUAAAAAGAAGCAACUCAUCACACUCGAAUUUUUUACUUUUAUCCGUUUUCAUACAAAUGCAUGGACAUAUAUAUAUAUAUAUAUACGCAACAAGACAAAACAAGCACAACGUAUCGUAUCGUAUACCGUCGUAUCGCCUCCAUUUUUCUUUUUUUUCCCCUGCUUCUGCUGCUGCUACUGUUUUUGUUGUCUGUCUGUUUUAUUUGUUUUAUUUUGCUUCUACUCUCGUAGCCUUCGAUUCCACUCGCCUUCCGUUACCUUCUGCCAAAUGUACGAAAAGAAAAAAAGGAAAAGAAACGUUUUACAACAAUCCUUCUCACGAGGCAAAUUCACACGUAUCAUUUCCCCCCUCUCUAACCACUUCUCCUUUUGUUUAUAUAUCUAUUUAUUUAUUACCACGCCUUUUUCCACCUUAUGUCCUCCGAGUUUCCCUUCACCGUAUACAUAUAUAUAUAUAUAUAUAUAUAUUCCCAAUAGUUUCUUUGAUCCCACACUCUUUUUUUCUUUUCCUUAUCCUUUUUUUUCUCUAA